GUGUGUGCGUGUGUGUGUGUAUGUGUGUGUAUCGCCUAGCCUACAUCCAAGUCAGCUCGCAUGCAUUAACGAGUAGCAGACAUCAGGUGUGUAGGUUGGUCAGGCCAUUGUACUACCCACCAAGAUGGUGGCCUUGUCACUAAAGAUCUGUGUCCGCCAGUGCAAUGUGGUGAAGACCAUGCAGUUUGAACCAUCCACGCCUGUGUAUGACGCCUGCAGAAUUAUUAGAGAAAGGGUCCCAGAAGCUCAGACUGGACAAGCCUCAGAUUAUGGCCUCUUCCUGUCUGAUGAUGAUCCCAGGAAAGGAAUCUGGCUGGAGUCUGGCAGAACUCUGGAUUACUACAUGCUGCGAAAUGGGGAUGUCUUGGAGUACAAGAAGAAGCAGAGGCCACAAAAAAUCAAAAUGCUUGAUGGCGCAGUUAAAACCAUCAUGGUGGAUGACUCAAAAACUGUCGGGGAGCUGCUUGUAACCAUAUGCAGUAGAAUAGGAAUCACAAACUAUGAGGAGUACUCACUCAUUCAGGAGACGACAGAUGACAAGAAGGAGGACGGGAUGGGGACGCUGAAGAAAGACAGAACUCUGCUGCUACGGGACGAGAGGAAGAUGGAAAAGCUCAAAGCCAAGCUCCACACAGAUGAUGAUUUGAACUGGCUGGACCACAGCAGGACAUUCAGAGAGCAAGGGGUGGAGGAAAGCGAGACUCUGCUGCUCAGGCGCAAGUUCUUCUAUUCGGACCAGAACGUAGACUCACGGGACCCCGUUCAGCUAAACCUGCUCUAUGUUCAGGCCAGGGACGAUAUACUGAAUGGCUCCCACCCCGUGUCGUUUGAUAAAGCCUGUGAGUUUGCUGGGAUCCAGGCUCAGAUCCAGUUCGGACCCCAUGUGGAACACAAACACAAGCCUGGAUUCCUCGACCUGAAGGAGUUCUUACCUAAAGAGUACAUCAAGCAGAGGGGGUCGGAGAAGAAAAUAUUCCAAGAUCAUAAGAACUGUGGAGAAAUGACCGAGAUUGAGGCAAAAGUGAAGUAUGUGAAGCUUGCCAGAUCCCUCCAGACCUAUGGGGUGUCCUUCUUCCUAGUGAAGGAAAAGAUGAAGAGCAAAAAUAAGCUGGUGCCUCGGCUGCUGGGGAUAACCAAAGAGUCGGUGAUGCGAGUGGAUGAGAAGACGAAGGAUGUGGUGCAGGAGUGGCCCCUGACCACAGUCAAGAGAUGGGCUGCCUCCCCCAAGAGCUUCACACUGGAUUUUGGAGAAUACCAGGAGAGUUACUACUCUGUUCAGACUACAGAGGGAGAACAAAUCUCCCAGCUUAUUGCGGGAUACAUUGACAUCAUACUCAAAAAGAAGCAGAGUAAGGACCGUUUCGGCCUUGAGGGAGAUGAGGAAUCCACAAUGCUGGAGGAAUCGGUUUCCCCUAAGAAGUCCACAAUCCUGCAGCAACAGUUCAACCGGGUGGGUCGUGUGGAGCAUGGCUCAGUAGCACUACCAGGUAUUAUCCGCUCUGGGUCUGUCGGUGGCCCCGAUACCUUCAACAUGGGUACUAUGCCCUCCGCCCAGCAGCAGAUCACCACAGGGCAGAUGCACAGAGGGCACAUGCCCCCACUGAGUUUGGCCCAGCAGGCCCUGAUGGGGACUAUCAACAGCAGUAUGCAGGCAGUGCAGCAGGCCCAGGCUGACUUGGGACAUGUAGAUAGCCUGCCUCCACUGGGUCACGACUUGGCAUCCCGGGUUUGGGUUCAGAACAAAGUGGAUGAAUCCAAACAUGAAAUCCACUCUCAAGUUGAUGCCAUCACUGCUGGAACAGCAUCUGUGGUCAAUCUCACUGCAGGUGAGCCGACAGAAACUGACUACACAGCAGUGGGCUGUGCCAUCACCACCAUUUCAUCCAACCUCACGGAAAUGUCCAAGGGCGUCAAGCUGCUAGCAGCACUAAUGGAUGAUGAGGUGGGCAGUGGGCACAAGCUAAUGGGUGCUGCCAGGACGCUGGCAGGGGCUGUGUCAGAUCUGCUUAGAUCUGUUGAGCCGGCAGCUGCAGAGCCCAGACAGACGGUGCUGACUGCGGCAGGAAGCAUCGGUCAGGCCAGCGGGGACCUGCUCCGUCACAUGGGGGAGGGCGAGACUGAUGAGAGGUUCCAGGACAUCCUGAUGAAUCUGGCCAAAGCAGUGGCCAAUGCAGCUGCUAUGUUAGUCCUGAAGGCCAAGAAUGUGGCCCAGGUGGCCGAAGACACCACAUUGCAGAACCGGGUGAUCGCAGCUGCCACUCAGUGUGCCCUAUCCACCUCACAGCUGGUGGCCUGCACCAAGGUGGUGAGCCCAACCAUCAGCUCCCCAGUUUGUCAGGAGCAGCUCGUUGAGGCUGGGAAGCUGGUGGACCGCUCUGUAGAGACCUGCGUCAAGGCUUGCCGUUCAGCCAGCGACGAUGGCGAGCUGCUGAAGCAAGUUGGGGCAGCAGCCGGUGUGGUGAGCCAGGCUCUCAGCGAUCUGUUGCAGCAUGUCCGCCACUAUGCCAGCUGUGGAGAACCCAUCGGACGAUACGACCAGGCCACUGACACGAUCAUGAACGUCACCGAAAAUAUCUUCACUUCCAUGGGUGACGCUGGGGAGAUGGUGCGUCAGGCCAGGGUGCUAGCCCAAGCCACGUCCGACUUAGUCAAUGCCAUGAGAUCAGACGCUGAGGCAGAGGUGGAUGUUGACAACUCUAAGAAACUGCUGGCUGCAGCCAAACUCCUGGCAGAUGCCACAGCUAGGAUGGUGGAGGCUGCUAAGGGGGCUGCUGCCUACCCAGAGAAUGAGGACCAGCAGCAGAGGCUGAGAGAGGCAGCUGAGGGGCUGCGUGUGGCCACUAACGCUGCAGCUCAAAACGCCAUAAAGAAGAAAUUGGUCAACAGGCUGGAAAUAGCGGCUAAGCAGGCCGCGGCUGCUGCUACACAGACCAUCGCAGCUGCUCAAAAUGCUGCUGCUUCCAACAAAAAUACUGCCUCGCACCAACAGCUAGUGCACAGCUGCAAGGCGGUAGCAGAUAGCAUUCCCCAGUUGGUCCAGGGCAUGAGGAGCAGCCAAGCCCAGCCUGAGGAGCUGAGUGCCCAGCUGGCCCUCAUCAUGGCCAGUCAAAGCUUCCUGCAGCCUGGAAGUAAGAUGGUGACGUCUGCAAAAUCAGCCGUUCCCACAGUGGCUGACCAGGCUGCUGCUAUGCAACUGGGCCAGUGUGCCAAGAACCUGGCUACCUGCCUGGCAGAACUCAGGACUGCUACCCAAAAGGCCCAUGAAGCCUGUGGUCCUCUGGAGAUCGACUCAGCCCUCAAAACAGUGCAGACUCUCAGGAGUGAGCUUCAGGACGCCAAGAUGUCUGUCAUCGACGGGCAGCUCAAACCUCUUCCGGGGGAAUCACUGGAGAAGUGCGCUCAAGACCUAGGAAGCACAUCGAAAGCUGUGGGAUCCUCCAUGGCCCAGUUGCUGACCUGUGCUGCACAGGGCAAUGAACAUUAUACAGGUGUGGCUGCAAGAGAAACGGCACAGGCUUUGAGGACACUGGCCCAGGCAGCCAGAGGUGUGGCAGCCAGCACGAAGGAGCCUCAGGCUGCAGCUGCAAUGCUUGACUCAGCCCAGUGUGUCAUGGAGGGUUCGUCCAUGCUGAUCCACGAAGCCCACCAGGCCCUCGUUCACCCCGGAGAUGCUGAGAGUCAGCAGAGACUAGCACAGGUGGCCAAAGCUGUGUCCCACUCCCUGAAUAAUUGCGUGAAUUGCCUGCCAGGCCAGAAGGAUGUAGACAUGGCCCUCAGGAGCAUUGGAGAGGCCAGCAAGAAGCUCCUCGUGGACACUCUUCCUCCCUGCAGUAAGACAUUCCAGGAGGCCCAGACUGAUCUGAACCACACAGCAGCUGAGCUCAACCACUCUGCAGGAGAGGUGGUCCACUCCUCUCGUGGCACCAGCAGCCAGCUGGCUGUGGCCUCAGGGAAGUUCAGCCAAGACUUUGAUGAGUUCCUGGAUGCGGGCAUCGAGAUGGCAGGCCACACCCAAAGCAAGGAUGACCAGAUCCAAGUGAUUGGUAAUCUGAAGAAUAUCUCCAUGGCAUCCAGCAAGCUGCUGCUGGCUGCCAAGUCUCUGUCCGUGGAUCCAGGAGCAGCUAAUGCUAAGAAUCUCCUAGCUGUGGCGGCAAGGGCGGUGACAGAGAGUAUUAACCAGCUGAUCACGCUCUGUACCCAGCAAGCAGCAGGACAAAAGGAGUGUGACAACGCCUUGAGGGAGUUGGAGGCUGUCAGAGGGCUGCUAGAUAAUCCCAACGAACCUGUCAGUGAGCUCUCCUACUUUGACUGCAUCGAGAGUGUCAUGGAGAAUUCAAAGGUCCUAGGGGAGUCCAUGGCAGGAAUAUCUCAACACUGUAAGACAGGCGAUGUGCCAGCCUUUGGGGAGAGUGUGGGCAUGGCCUCUAAGGCCCUUUGUGGGCUGACGGAGGCUGCAGGACAGGCCUCUUAUCUGGUAGGUGUGUCUGAUCCAAAUAGCCAGUCAGGCCAUGAGGGGCUGGUGGAUCCCAUCCAGUUUGCAAGAGCCAACCAGGCUAUACAGAUGGCUUGUCAGAACCUAGUGGACCCAGCCAGCAGUCCCUCACAGGUCUUGUCUGCAGCGACAAUUGUAGCCAAACAUACCUCAGCCCUCUGUAAUGCCUGCCGCCUGGCUUCUUCAAAAACCUCCAACCCUGUGGCAAGGAGACAGUUUGUCCAGUCAGCCAAAGAGGUGGCCAACACCACAGCCAACCUCGUCAAAACCAUCAAGGUCAACUCCCCAACUAAUCCAACGAUGAAUGCCUUAGAUGGAGAUUUUUCUGAGGAGAACAGAAACAGGUGCUCUGUUGCCACAACUCCUCUCCUUGAAGCUGUGGAGAACUUGUCCACAUUUGCAAACAAUCCUGAGUUUGCUAGCAUUCCUGCUCAGAUCAGUAAUGAGGGCUCAGCAGCCCAGGAGCCUAUUGUGCGUUCAGCCCGUUCAAUGCUAGAUAGCUCCACCCUUCUUCUGGAAACAGCCCGCUCUUUGGUCCUCAACCCCAAAGACCCUCCUACCUGGUCCAUACUGGCUGGCCACUCACGCACAGUGUCUGACUCCAUCAAGAGCCUAAUCACGUCCAUCAGGGAUAAGGCACCAGGGCAGAGGGAGUGUGAUUACGCCAUUGACAACAUCAAUAAGUGUAUCCGGGACAUUGAGCAAGCCUCUCUGGCUGCUGUUGGACAGACCUUGCCCUGUAGAGAUGACAUCUCCAUGGAAGCUCUGCAGGAUCAGCUAACAUCCUCUGUGCAGGAGAUUGGCCAUCUGAUUGAUCCUAUCUCCACUGCAGCCCGAGGUGAAGCUGCCCAGCUGGGACACAAGGUGACUCAACUGGCCAGCUACUUUGAACCCCUCAUUGUGGCAUCAGUAGGCCUGGCAUCUAAAAUCCAGGACCACCAGCAGCAGAUGACCAUCCUGGACCAGACAAAAACUCUCUCUGAGUCUGCCCUGCAAAUGCUCUAUGCUGCCAAGGAAGGGGGAGGAAACCCUAAGGCUUCCCAUACCCACGAUGCCAUCUCGGAAGCUGCCCAGCUUAUGAAGGAGGCAGUAGAUGACAUCAUGGUGACUUUGAACGAGGCAGCCAGUGAGGGAGGCAUGGUUGGGGGCAUGGUGGAGUCCAUUGCUGAGGCCAUGGGAAUACUGGAUGAAGGAACGCCUCCUGAACCUGAGGGCUCCUUUGUGGAUUAUCAGACCACCAUGGUGAAAUUCUCCAAGGCCAUUGCCAUCACUGCACAGGAGAUGAUGACUAAGUCUGUGACGUGUCCAGAAGAGCUUGGUGGCCUUGCCUCGCAGGUGACAGUGGACUAUGGGCAGCUAGCACACCAAGGACGCCUGGCAGCAGCCACCGCAGAGCCUGAGGAGGUGGGUUUCCAGAUAAAGACACGGGUGCAAGAGCUGGGCCAUGGCUGUAUCUACCUGGUCCAGAAAGCUGGAGCCCUGCAGCUCAGCCCCACAGACAGCUUCUCUAAGAGAGAGCUCAUCGAGUGUGCCCGUGCUGUCACUGAGAAGGUGUCCUUGGUGCUGUCAGCAUUGCAGGCUGGGAACAAAGGCACCCAGGCCUGCAUCACAGCAGCCAGCGCCGUUUCUGGCAUCAUUGCUGAUCUGGACACUACGAUCAUGUUCGCCUCAGCUGGAACACUGAACCCUGAGAACGAAGAGUCUUUCGCUGACCACAGGGAGAGCAUCUUGAAGACAGCCAAGGCGCUGGUGGAGGACACCAAGCUGCUGGUGGCUGGAGCCGCAUCCAGCCAGGAGAAACUGGCCCAGGCUGCGCAGUCCUCUGCCAAGACCAUCACCCAGCUCACUGAGGUGGUCAAACUGGGAGCAACCAGUAUGGGCUCCGAGGACCCUGAGACACAGGUUGUUCUGAUAAACGCGGUGCGGGAUGUGGCCAAGGCUCUGGCCGAGCUCAUUGGAGCCACCAAGUGCGCUGCGGGCAAGCCAGCAGACGACCCGUCCAUGUAUCAGCUGAAGAGCGCUGCCAAGGUCAUGGUCACCAAUGUGACGUCUCUUCUAAAAACAGUGAAGGCAGUGGAGGAUGAAGCCACUCGUGGGACGAGGGCACUGGAGGCCACCAUUGAGUGCAUCAAGCAGGAGCUGACAGUGUUCCAGUCCAAAGACGUCCCUGACAGGUCCACCACACCUGAGGAGUUCAUCCGCAUGACAAAGGGCAUCACCAUAGCGACGGCCAAGGCGGUGGCGGCAGGCAACUCGGCUCAGCAGGAGGACGUGAUCGCCACUGCCAACCUGAGCCGCAAAGCCAUCUCUGAUAUGCUGACCACCUGCAAGCAAGCAGCAUGCUACCCUGACGUGGGCGACGAAUUGAGGAGCAAGGCCCUGCAGUUUGGCUCUGAGUGUACCACCGGAUAUAUCAACCUUCUGGAGCAAGUGCUGCAGGUGCUCCAGAAACCCACAAUGGAGCAGAAGCAGCAGCUGGCCGUACACUCGAAGCAUGUGGCGGCGUGUGUGACAGAGCUCAUCCAGACAGCUGAGGCCAUGAAGGAUGGAGGUUCAGAAUGGGUGGACCCUGAAGACCCCACUGUUAUUGCUGAGGCUGAGCUCCUCGGAGCUGCAGCGUCCAUCGAAGCUGCAGCCAAGAAACUAGAGCAGCUGAAACCCAGGGCCAAGCCCAAGCAGGCAGAUGAGACGCUGGAUUUUGAGGAGCAGAUCCUAGAGGCAGCAAAGUCCAUCGCUGCAGCCACUAGUGCUCUUGUUAAAUCUGCAUCAGCAGCUCAGAGAGAACUAGUGGCACAAGGCAAGGUUGGAGCCAAUCAAGCAAAUGCAGUGGAUGACGGUCAGUGGUCACAGGGCCUCAUAUCAGCUGCGCGUAUGGUAGCAGCAGCCACCAGUAACCUGUGUGAGGCAGCCAACGCCUCAGUCCAGGGCCAUGCCAGUGAGGAGAAGCUCAUUUCCUCAGCCAAACAGGUUGCAGCCUCCACAGCUCAGCUGCUAGUGGCCUGCAAGGUCAAGGCUGACCAAGACUCUGAAGCCAUGAGGAGACUGCAGGCUGCUGGCAACGCGGUAAAACGUGCAUCGGACAACCUGGUGAAGGCGGCUCAGAAAGCAGCAUUUGACAAAGCUGAGGAUGACAGCGUGGUGGUGAAGACCAAAUUUGUUGGAGGCAUAGCCCAGAUCAUUGCUGCACAGGAGGAGAUGCUGAGAAAGGAGCGAGAGCUGGAGGAGGCCCGGAAGAAGCUGGCUCAGAUCAGACAGCAGCAGUACAAGUUCCUGCCCAGCGAACUGAGGGAGGAUGAGGGCUGAUUGGCUGGGCAGGCAGGAUACGAGCAUCUGAUUGGACCAUCUUGCUAUGGAGAGACAUUGCCGAUGUGUGAUUGGCUGCUUCUCUGAUCUAAGCGAGCAGCAUACAGCACUUGAAACAGGCCUGUUUGAUGCGAAAAAAACAAGUGCCUGUGCUCUGUAGUGUAUUUGUACGUGUGUCUGUGUGUGUGUGUAUGUAUGUGUGUGUGUGACGUGUGUAUGUAUUUGUCAGAGAAUGGAAUCAGACUUCAACACGGCGAAGGUUGUUACAGUUGUCACUAUGCGCAAAUGGAGACAGUACAUUUUAACGAAUAAGGAAGCUGUAUGAUAAUAGGCAUCACUGCUUUGUGAGUGUUACUUAUUCAUGAGUGUUACCGACCGUUACAAUCAUGGAUCAAAAUGGUCAGAACGCAGGCGUCUUCUGUAUUUUGUUGAAUGUUACAAAAGCAGGUUUAGAGCAAAUAGAAACGGCCUGAUGCAGCUGGCAGACCUAACCUAGGGAUCCAUAGCUUCUACUUCACACAUUAAAUAAAACACAUAGUCAAUCAAAUGGCAAGAACCUGAUGCCUCAUUUCACCACUGGCUUGCAUGCACCAUAAUGUCUAUACAUAUCAAUCAAGCUACUAACCAAUAGAGUAGUAUAGCGUGGAAAGGCACUAGUAUUUUGAUAAUAUAAAUGUGAACUUGGGGUUUGCUGUUGAACCAGCAAAUGUCUAGAAAAUAACGGUUCUGAGAGACUAUAUUGUUCAGCUUAGCACCAAACAGAGAGUGGCUCUGAUCAGACUGGAUGACAACGUGAAAAGAGUGAUAGGCCAUCGGCAUACAAUAGCUAUAAACAUAUACUCAUUCUUGACUUAUUUUUCAUUUUUAACAACUGAUGUAUAGCUAUUUAAGUAGCGGACAGGUGAAAUAAGGUUUGUUGAGAAUAAAAACAGGGUCUGUCUGCAACCAAACCUGUUUCGUUCCUCAGGAGGACCAACGCACCAUCUAACUCCGCCCCCACCAGCCCUCCUUCCCUCAUACACACUGAGCUGUACAAGGAACAUUUGUUUACAUUGUUUGUCAUGUUUGCUCUCUCUUGUCUUCGUGGUAUAAUUCCAAUUCUUUUGACAGUGGCCAGAUUUUGUUUGAGUGCCCACAGUGCACACACACACACACAUGCGUGCACACACAGUCCUGAAGAAUUAUUCUCCGCCAGUCACUGCCCUCGCGUUUGGAGGCAUUUUCACUCUUGACUCUGUCUAUAGCAAUACAUUACUUUGCAUAUUCUUGCAAAUCAAUGAGAGUCAGUGCAGUAUUUGGUGGGAAGAUUGUGUGUGCAAUCAUAUUUUCACUUUGGGCUCUUGAACAAGAAGAAGAAGGCUGCAGAAUGCACUUAGAUUGGUCAUACCCUUAUGCACUGAGGAAGGCAGUUAUCGGCCUCCAUCGUUUUCAAUGUAGGAAGCCCUCCUAACACAGUAGAAUGAAAUGGCUUCAAGCUCUGAUUUGGGAGUCUUAAUCAAUGAUAAUUCAGUUUGUUUAGUAUGUUAACGUCUAAUAUGUUGGCGGUUGUAACCAGUCCGUCUUCUCAGUCUAUUCUUGUCAGCAUCUGGUCUGCAUCGUGUACUAGUGCCUUACGUGAGUCUGCCCUGCGAGCAGCUGAAGAGCAGGCUGGGUGGGGGCCUUAGCCUCGUCCUCUCUGGAUCAGAACAUUAUGCCAGUCUAAUCCCUGUCGAGGUCUUAAACUAUCACCUAGUCCUAUGCCAUACAAUACAAUGCCUUGGCUGGUGGCCUAUCUGCCUACCAUCUUAUAUGCUGAUAUAAAAGGGCAUCCAUGGAUACCUUAGGAUUUAGAGACUCUACCAGAAGACUAACACUACAUUGCAUUCCAUGAGCAUGUGGCAAUUUGUGAUUAAAAGUCGAGAAAUUCAUUACGAUACUUAAGUCCCUCGUCAAUGUUGGACCGAGAAACUUCCUUGUUUCAUUGUUUAACCACUAUAAAAUGAAGUUUUUAUUAAUAAAUGUAAGAAUUAUCCUGAGAUAUAUUGUCUAACCGAUUUGUUCGAGUAUUAACUGAAAUAGGAACCGUUACUAGCUCUGUUAUGAAUAGGUGUUGUGCUUUCUUUAACAGACUGCAUUAGUUUUAUGAGUUUAUGCUGUAUGUAUAUUAUUUAUCUGGUCACAAAAGUAUUUUUUGUAUUCACCAAAAAAUAAAGACUUUCAAACAACCA